CGUGAUGAUGAUGACACAAGAGUGUUUUGUUGUCAUUCUGGUUGCAAUUUCAUCAAGUACAGAAAUAAAACUGAAUUUUGUGAAUGUUGCGAAAUAAGUGAAAAAUAAUAUACAUUUUGUUAAAAUAAUAGUCCCGAAACGUUUUACUGGCAGUAAUAUAGUGAUAAAGUUCAGACAAACAUUCAUGUAGUGCUACCAGAAACAACAACCAUAUUUCGACGUGGAUGUGAUGCCUAAUAGAUUAUUUGGUGGAACAGUUAUUCAGAUUUCAAAAUGCAAUCUACAUCAUCAGUUCCUUCGAAGGACCAUUCUACGACAGCACCCCAUCCAGCUCCAGUGAUUCCCAUCGAGAAACCUAAGAAUGAUUAUUCAUGCAUAAGAGGGAAGACUGUUCUAGUCAGCCCAACUGAAGAGCAGUAUGAGGCACUGGGCAAACGAUUGGAAGAAAGGAUCGCAGAUAGUCGUGGCGAAACGGUCUAUGAAAUUGGAGUUGGAGAAGAUGGCAGUGAGAGCGGACUAGAUCAGGAAGAGUAUGCGGCAUCUUUGGCGACGUUACAAUCUUUAGCUGCGAUGCUCAACGCCGAAUGCGUUGAGCUACGGACAAGAAAAGGCGAGAAAGGAUUGACCGGUCAAUAUCUGGUUCGUACGAAAGUGGACGAUGAUGAUUUCACUGAAAUACGCGUCGCGGUGGUAGGAAAUGUUGACGCUGGAAAAUCAACGCUUCUUGGGGUACUGACGCAUGGCGAACUAGACAACGGGCGAGGCUUCGCCAGACAACGGCUCUUUCGCCAUAAACACGAAAUUGAAAGCGGUAGAACUAGUUCCGUAGGAAACGACAUUUUAGGAUUUGACAGUGUGGGCAACGUGGUGAACAAACCUGAUCAUGGAACUCUGGAUUGGGUGAAAAUUUGUGAAAAAUCCGCUAAAGUAAUUACAUUUAUCGAUCUUGCCGGUCACGAGCGAUACCUUAAAACAACUGUGUUUGGAAUGACUGGUCAUGCCCCUGACUUUGGAAUGUUGAUGAUUGGUGCCAAUUCUGGAAUAGUGGGAAUGACUAAGGAACAUUUGGGACUGGCAUUGGCUCUCUCAGUACCGGUUUUCGUUGUCGUAACCAAAAUCGACAUGUGCCCGCCAAAUGUGUUGCAAGAAAAUUUGAAAUUAUUGUACAAAAUUCUUAAAUCGCAAGGGUGCCGAAAAGUGCCUGUCAUGGUUAAAACUGCAGACGAUGUCGUCCUCAGCGCAACAAAUUUUGUAUCCGAGCGGUUAUGUCCGAUUUUCCAAGUAUCAAAUGUUACAGGCGAAAAUUUGGAUUUACUGAAAAUGUUUCUUAAUCUACUGACGGUACGCACAACGGGAAACGACAACCUGCCAACCGAAUUCCAAAUCGACGAUACUUACGCAGUACCGGGCGUCGGAACUGUUGUCUCAGGCAUUACUCUGCAAGGUGUGGUCCACCUAAAUGAUAUCCUUCUUUUGGGACCAAAUCCACUAGGAGACUUCCAGCCGAUCGCGAUUAAGAGCAUUCAUCGUAAGCGAAUGGUGGUUCGUGAAGUGCGAAGCGGGCAAACCGCCAGCUUUGCUUUGAAGAAAAUCAAGCGAUCCCAAAUUCGCAAAGGCAUGGUUUUGGUUAGUCCAGAAAUUAAUCCACAGGCAUGCUGGGAAUUCGACUGUGAAAUACUGGUUUUACACCAUCCUACAACUAUCUCCAGCAAAUACGGGCGAUGGUCAGCCAUGGUACAUUGCGGCAGUAUUAGACAAACUGCUCAAAUUCUUCAAAUGUCUAAGGAAUGUCUUCGGACAGGCGAUAAAGCAGUCGUACGAUUUAGAUUCAUUAAGAAUCCAGAAUACAUGAAACCGGGCCAAAGAAUGGUUUUUCGAGAAGGCCGUACGAAAGCCGUAGGGAAUGUGAUUACUCCUCUGUACACGCCAGGUUCCGUUCAACAGCGGACAAAGCCGAACAAAAUGCAAGGCCGUGGUGUAACCCAAGCUUCGCAGUCUAACGCUCCUAAACCGCUAUCAAAGAGUACAAGUGAUGGUGCUGCAGCACAAUCGAGCCUGGCUGGCAAUACUAUGGUGUUGGACAUCGGUACUGACAAGCGGAAUAAUCGUCCAAGUAAUACACAUAAAAAAAUCCGCGGAAUACCAUCCACUGGUGGACAUGAUACUUCCCCAUCGACUUCUCAACAAAGCUCAACGUUUUGUAAUGAUUCGAUCCCCGUUGUGUCUAAUUGAUUUUGGUCUCAGCUAGAUUCGAUCUGAAGCAAAUUGGCAAGAAAUGGGUUUGUUUAUAUACCUAUUACCUACGAAAAGAAAUGUUCAAAAAGCAUUUUACGUGAAUUCGAUUUGAUUUUGUUUUUGUUUCGGAAGAAGAAGCAAGUUUAUUAAAAAUAAUAAAAAAUAAAAAAUGAUAU